UACCUGUUUGACAGUCGACCUUCCUCCUCUUUCAUUGUCUGCACUGUGGAUAGGCCCAGUAAGUGACAGAGCUUGCUGGCUAAAAACAAUCGUCCACCCGCGGGCGACCCAACCGAAUGGCAUCACUAGCUGGUCAUGAGCGUCCGAUCCUCGUCUCGGUCUCCUAUUUGGCAACGUCGGCAUCCUUCAGCAAGCACUACAACACCCGUCUCCUCUCCCUUGCCUGCACUGUGGACAAGCCCAGCUGGCUAAAAGCAAUUUUCCACCCGCGGGCGGUCCAACUUGGUUACAACACCAGUUUGAGUAUUUGGGUGUCAGAGCAUCCACACCUGCAUCAUCCCUCCCAAAACAAACGAUGUCAGAGCAUCCACACCUGCGUCGUUCUCUCUACAACAAACCAAUGAUGUCAGAGCAACCAUACCUGGAUCGUUCCCUCCACCGAGCACUAGUCCACAC